AAAUACCUAAAAAAUCCAAACAAUUUGCCAAUCCAACUUCUUGCCAGAUUAACACCAAGUGAUGGUAGUGGAAUAUCAUCAUUAUUAGAGCAAUGUCGAGCUCAUUGUACCACUGGUCCCACCAUCUUCCUAUCUCCUUUAUAUCCAUAUCUCCGAGAUGGUGACAUGUCAAAUUGCCCCAAAACACCACUAGGAAAUGUUCAAAAUAUCAGUGCCAUGAUCCUCAUGGAAAAUGGACAACUGAUGACUGCAAACACAAAUCAGGAGAUACAAAAGUGGAACCUGAACUCUGGAACACUUCAAGAGAAAACAAAUGUAGCUCAUAAUGUAACAGAAUUUCAACUUGCCAAAAAAGAAACAUUUUUAAUUCUACUUGACGAAAAUCAAUCAGGAAUUUGUUUGGAUACAAAGACACUGAAGAAGCAAUUUGAACUACCUGGAAAUAUUUCCUGUUGCAUUCAGACGCCUCAAAUAAAUCAUACAUACUUCAACAGUUCAGAACAUGGUAGGAAAUAUCUGUUGAAAGAUAAAGAAUAUAGGGUCUAUGUUAUAACUAGAGAGGGCAGUACAGUUGGAAUACAUAUAUGCGACUUUGAGGCAAAAUCUUCUAAGCUCCUCUACAACAUUGGUAAAGGCCUACCGAAAGGUGAAAUUAAAGCAAUCGUGACUGAUGAUGAAAACUUUAUUGUACUCUCAACAGCUUUAACUCCAGAUGAAAUCAAAGGGAUUCAAAAACAAGCAAAGGGCAAAGCACAGCAUAGUGGGGACAGGAUUCUACAUGCUAUCCAAUUAACGAAAAGCAAAGUUGAACUGAUACCCUGCAAUUUAGCAGGAACGAAGAUCCCAGUUCUCACAACAGCUUGUGCACCAUUUAUGCUCAGUGAAGUGAUGGUUGCAGCAAAUGAUGAAGUGAUCAUGUGGAACAUUGAACGGGGAUACACAGGGGUAUCAUCGUUCAAACAACCAAAGAAGAUUGAAAAAAAGCUGAAGAAGGCAUGGUCACCAACAUGUAUGUUAAAGAGCAGAGAUGAGGAUGUACUUGUCAUGUCUACCAAGGAGGGCUAUGUGGCUGCCUACAGUUGUAUAGUGAAUUCAAAGGUGUUCUAUAUGCCCUACAAGGACAACGGGGCUGUUAACUACGCUUCCUACACCAAUGAAGACCCUGCGAAUAAAGACCAGGGUACUGGCGACAUCAUGCAUCCUGAUAAAUCAUACGUCUAUCACAGUGCCAAGCUAACAUGUGUUGCGAUAGCCAAUAAGAGUCACAUGAUGGCUUCAGCUUCAAUAGAUGGCGCUCUUAAACUCUGGCCACCAAAAGAUGGCACAAGAUGCUGCAUUUUUACCGUUCCAGGACAUGUAACCCACAUGCAGUUUUCUCGUGAUGACAAACAUCUUGUUACUAUCUGCAAGACCCCUGAAGGCUCAAGUAUACACAUUUUUGUACCACAUUGUGAGGAGAAGCCAAAGUACCAAUGUUCAGAUUGCCGAAAAAAUCUUUGUAUCGAGAAACUUACACCACUUUUUAAUGAAUUUAAAGCAGCUGGAAAGACUGUAUCCUGGAGCUAUGACCGUUUAUGCAUCGAUAAUGGAACAUUCUCUCAUAAAACAUACUAUAAAUAUAACAUAAAGACAGACACUGUUUGUGAGGAUAAAUGGUAAAUAUGAAACCUUUCAUACUGUUACAAGAUGUCAACAUGGCAAAAUGACAUCACCUGGUUACAACUACAAAAGUGUAACAAUUGUUAAAAAGAUGCCAAAUGUUAAUGCUCAUCCCUUAAAACAGUCAUUAUAAAAAUACGUCACCACUUGAUGGUUAUGACAAUAUGUCACCACUUCAUGGU